AUGGCUUUUAAACUUACUGAGGCAAGAGUGAGCCAAUCACUAAGACAUGACAGAUGGACACUUAAGGAGCAGCUCAUUGAAUUCAGGUAUGAUGUUUUGUUCAUGCUAUGGGAGUUUCUGGUAGAGGGUGCAGAGUUGACUUAAAAACCAGCAGAUGGACACAGCUAACAUGACCAUCAAUUUCAGGACAUAUUGACCAAAUUAAAAAAAAUAACUUUCUUAUUGCUGAGUGUCCUGUAAAAUAAUUGUGCUGCUGCAUCCACUUGAGUGUAUUAUUACUGAGUGAGUGUGGAGGGUUAAUGCCUCUUUUGAUCCCCCCAAAACAGGAAAACUCUGGAAAAUGACAGGCUUAUGCGCAUGGCACAACAAAAGUGUGAAAAUGGAACUGUCUUGCAGUGGCUACAACAAAUCUCUGGAUCUUCAGCUUUCAAAAAGAUUGGAGAACUGUUUAGCUUCUUCAGAAGACACAUAGAAGUGGAAGAAAAGAAAGACCACGGCAACAUGAUUGACAUCACCUUAUUGGCGCAUGGAGCGAUCAGAGACUCUAUGAUCCCAGCCUGCUGCCUUCUGCCUCUGCCCACCAUCAUGGAUGUGGUCCUGUAUAAUCCCUGGAACUGCACUAUUGAUGCAACUGCAGCAUACGGCAUCGCUACAGGCAUCAUGAAGCCACAGCACAGGAUUUUCAUCUGUAGCAAAAAAGAUAGCUGUAGUAUUCGUGACGCCGGACAUCGUCCUGUAAAACUUCCAAACCACUGGAACUCCAUGAGCAAAGCUGGAGAACACAUGAUCCCAAACAUCACACUCGCUCCUCUUAAUGUACCAGAGGACGGGUACUUCAAAAGUUUUGAGUCUCUUACAAAAAAGUAUGGUUUACCUGAGAGAAACCGCAUUAUCAUCCCGUACAUCGUCCCAGCAGAGGAAACAAAACAGGGGAAGGAAAGCAUCCCCUUCUAUGUUGUGUCAUUGGCAUUGUCACUGGCGCUUGUGGGCAGCAGGUUUAGAGCGACCGUCCAUCUCACCACCUGUCUGGGUGACCAGUCUGUAAGGAAGUUUGACCAAGAGUAUCUGAAGAGCCAGUAUGCCUGCGCUGUAGACAACUCUAUGAUGACAGCUUCGUCAGACAUGUUCAAGAAAAGACCGUUUUGA